AUGGCCUCCGGUCCCUGCGGCGGGGUCGCCGUUGCUGCCGCACGUGGAGGCAAGGGCCCAGGGCAAAGGCGGAUGCUCCUCAAGGGCUUGCGCUUAGGCGCGCACGUGUCCAUCCGCUAUCGGGAAAAGAAAGGCCCCGGCGUCUUUGAGGAGCGUUUAGACUUUGAAGGGACCAUUGCCGACAAGCGUGUGGGCUGGGACAACCGAGAGUCUUACGUGGAGCUGAAGGAGUGCUUCAGACUGAACCGAGAUGGCGAGAUCAUCGAGAUGGUUGGGAAGAAGCAGCUUUACGAUGCCUUCAUCGAAGAGGUGGAGGUGGUCGAGAAGACUGAGCGCCGGCUCUCUGCAGAGCUUCGGGCAGCACAGCAGGCCAAGGCCAAGGCCAAGAAGGCUUUGGGGGCACCUGGCGCCGUACCGGAAGCACAGGCAAAGGGCGAGGACAGCGACAGCGACGAUGGGCCGAUUCCGGGCAUGCUCCCGGGCAUGAUGUUUGGCAUGGGGCCGAUGGGAAUGGGGAUGAUGCCGAUGGGCAUGCCCAUGGGAAUCGGAAUGUGUUUCAUGCCGCCCAUGGCCAUGGCGAUGCCCGCGGCGAUGCCCGGCUUGGCGAUGAUGCCAGGAGCCAUGAGCUGUCCGGCCGUCCCUGCGGCCUGCGUGCCAGGAGCCGGAGGAGCCGGAGCGCCGCCGAAAGAGCGGAGCCGAAGCCGAAGUCGCGGUGCCUAG